AUGCCGCUGAAGAAAGCGCGCCCAUCUUCCCCCGCCGCCGAGCGUCGUGAGCGUCUGACUUUGGACAAGUUGGCCAGCUUUGACGACGUUGCAACCGAUGCGCUUGUUGAUCACGCAUACUUUUGGACCACUACGCGUAAGAAUCGCAACAAAUACAAUUCAGCUCGCGGCAUUCAUGACGAUGAUGUCGGCCGCAUUCUCCUCCAUGACGUGGUCGUCGCAAAGGACUCGGUACUCGCGGAGGAGAAACUACUUCAACUCCCAGGCCUUCGCAAGUAUUUGACCAAUCUCAAGAGCCCUCGCGACAAGGACUGGUUCCGCCGUCAUCUCCGCAAGUACAUCCAGAUGUACCAGCCAGACUGCCCCUUCGAAGUAACGACCACGAAUCGUUACGUGAUCACGCAGCACGAAGCGGCGAUCUGCGCUCGAAAGUUCAUCAAGGCUGGCCAGGAGAUCAAGUACCUUUCUGGAACCUUGGUUGCUAUGACCAAAGAAGAAGAGAUGGACCUGGGACUGACACGCAAGGAUUUCAGUGUGGUCAUGUCCAGCCGCCGCAAGACCCCCUCAUUUUUCCUGGGACCCGCUCGCUUUGCCAACCAUGACUGUGAUGCCAAUGGUCGUCUGGUGACUCGGGGCACAGAAGGGAUGUCUGUAAUGGCAACUCGUGACAUUCACGCGGGAGAAGAAAUCACCGUCUCCUACGGCGAGGAUUACUUUGGUAUCGAUAAUUGCGAGUGUCUUUGCCAGACAUGCGAGCGGGCGGUCCGCAAUGGGUGGGCACCCACUAUCAAGUCUGAUGGAGAUGUUCAGGAGGUGUCGCCCUCCUCAGUUGUCGGGGCGGCGGAUAAGAAGCGUCGCCGCGACUCGGACUCGGAUCCGGAGAAUGACUCGGUGGCCUGCGCUUCUCCCAACAAGCGGGCCAAAUUCAAUCGCAAUACCUCCAAGUUGCGAGAAGAGAUUUGCAUGUCUGAUGCUUUGGCCGAAUCGACGGCCACUCCGGAGUCUGAGAAUCCUCCCACCCCGGACUCGGACGUCGAGGCCCCUCUUGUUCCUGCGGGGGUUGCUGGUGAGCGUCAGGUCUCCAAGUUAAGACAGGAGAUCCUGGCCACUGAGGAGGUUCACAUCUCGUUGCGGACGUUGCUCCCCUCCACUCAGGAUAGCGAACACUCACAGCUUAGUGCGACUGAUCUGUCAGCCAUUGACUCAGACGAAGUGGUCCUUAUCAACCCACUGCCCUGUUCUGUGGCCGUCAGCGGUCUAUGUGAUCGUCUCUCACCUAGCUUCUCUGCCGAGAGUCAGGGAUCUUUGACCUCGACACUUCGCACUUCCGUGGUUAGCCCUGACGGGAAAGUGAAGAUCGAGCAGACGCCCGCAGAUGCUCGUCAUCUCGAUCCUGCCGGUCGACUGUCCCCUCCUCGCCACUCCGACUCCUCGAACCACGACCGCCCGGAUCCUUCCCAAAGGAAAUACCAUGAGGAUCACUCCGAUAGUCCCAUUGAAGGUCAGCCAGAGAAAUCCAUUCCUACCCCCCGGAGCCCCACCCCCAGUGAACUUUCAGACUUACCAAGCGACGUGCAAUUAGACGAGGUUCACCAGACAGUCGUGGCCAAGACGCGACAGCCUCGGCGCAAGCGUAACUGGGCAGUUGUGGCCUCGGUUGAGGACGAGGCUCUCAUUGCCCGGACUCCUGGGGACUACACCAAGACCCCACGACUGCUGGCGCAGAAGUACGACCGCUGGGUGGACUGCCAGACCUGCGAUUCGUGGUUUGUGCAGUCCAACUCGUACCAGACGCGGCGCGAAUGCCCUCGGUGCGAACGGCAUUCGAAGAUCUACGGCUUCCAGUGGCCCAAGACCGACAAGGGCUCUGGCCGUGAGGAGCGAGUGAUGGAUCAUCGCACAAUUCAUCGAUUCCUAUCCCCGGAUUCCGAAGCUCGCGUGUCUCGCCGAGAUCGUGGCCUCAGCUUCGGUGUCGCUCUCACACCUGAGCUCUCAGAUGCCCGCACCGAGACGCCCCUGGGUGAUGGCCAUGAGGUACGCCACAACACCCGCGCCAGUCGUCGACGAGCCCGGGAGCUACGUACGGUGAUUUGA